GGGACUGACCUUUACGAGGCCUCGUAGGACCGUCCCUCGCAAACUCCGCGUCUUAUUGGUGGCGGAAGAAAUGGGCGGGUCUACUAAGAAACCCGAGGAAGAGGGCGGCGGCGUUCGUGGUGACUGACGAAGCCUGGUGACAGGAUGUUGGUGUUGGUGUUAGGAGAUCUGCACAUUCCACACCGGUGCAACAGCCUGCCGGCUAAAUUCAAAAAACUCCUGGUGCCAGGAAAAAUCCAGCACAUUCUCUGCACUGGGAACCUUUGUACCAAGGAGAGCUAUGACUAUCUCAAGACUCUGGCUGGUGACGUCCACAUCGUAAGAGGAGACUUUGAUGAGAAUCUGAAUUACCCAGAACAGAAGGUUGUGACUGUGGGGCAGUUCAAGAUCGGUCUGAUCCAUGGACACCAAGUUAUUCCAUGGGGAGACAUGGCUAGCUUGGCCCUGCUGCAGAGGCAGUUUGAUGUGGACAUUCUUAUCUCAGGACACACACACAAAUUUGAAGCAUUUGAGCAUGAAAAUAAAUUCUACAUUAACCCAGGUUCCGCUACUGGGGCAUAUAAUGCCUUGGAAACAAAUAUUAUUCCUUCAUUUGUCCUAAUGGAUAUCCAGGCUUCUACAGUGGUCACUUACGUCUAUCAGCUUAUUGGAGAUGAUGUGAAAGUAGAGCGAAUUGAAUACAAAAAAUCUUAAAGCUAGGCUUGUCUUGAUCAUUUUCUGUUUUUUUCCCCCAUUUUCUUGUUCAAAUGAAUGAAUUAAACACUUAAGAGGCACACAGUUGUGUCACUUUUAUAAUAUUUUGCACUAAAAGGUAUCUUCUGUUUAGAACAUAGUUCCUCUAAGAUUCUUGUAAACUAUAAGAAUAUCCUUAGCUUGCAGUAUAUGGUUUCUAUGAAAAGAAGUCCACCAUACAGUAUAGGGCCAUUUAAGAAAAAAUUAUCUUUGUAAAUAUCUUCCUAGUUGGUAUUUGGACUUCAUUACAAAACUAGUGCAUGAAGAGAAAGAAUCCAGAAUUUCUGUGUAUGUUUUCUCUUCUUUAGUAAUAAAUGUUACCUUCCAUUUAGA